GAGAGUGAGAGUGAGAGAAAGAGAGAGAGAGAGAGAGAGAGAGAGAGAGAGAGAGAGAGAGAGACUGAUGUGUACGGUGUAUUUGUACGUGUGUAACAAUAUUACCAUGUUCAUCAAGAAGGUUCUCUUAAACAUCAUUUCACCUCUAGUGACCCCUGAGCAAGUCAUGGAGGAUCCUUUCAUUCGUCUGCAAAACAGAUGUGAUGACCUCAAUGUGAAGGUGCGCUUCAAGAAACAUCUGGUAGGGAAUCUCUGGGAGGCGUCUUUGAUGAUUGAUGGGACGGUCCUAAUGACCGAAAGACAUGAGAAGUUAAAGGUAGCUCAACGGAUUCUUGCUGAGAAUGCUAUAGCACAGUUAGAAACAAAUCAAGUGUCCAGGAGAGGAGUUGACGACCAAGGACUGAGUAAGGGGAAGGAGAAUGAUAAAGAUCUGCAACACGUGAUGAAAGGUUGUGGCCAUGACGGCAUUUCACAUCCCCGUAAGUAUCGAAGUAUGGAGGUGUCGAAGCAAGAUGAAGAUAACAAGAACCAUGGGCAUGUGAAAGUCUCUGAACAGAAGGAGGAUGGCCAUAGCUAUAGUCAUCACGCUGCAGGUCGUCAAGGACAGGAGAAGAAAAUGCAGUUGAUUUUUGCUGAGAAUGUAAUCACACAGUCAGAAACAAAGGAGACCUCCAGGAUUGCUGUUGGGCAGCAAGGACCGAACAAGGGAAAGGAGGAUGAGAAAAAGCUUCGAAAUGUUUUGGAAGGUCAUGUCCAUGAGGAUGUUUUGGAAGGCAAGGAGCGGCAGCAUGAUAACUGUCCAAGUACCACGAUCUUGAGUUUUGACAAAGAUAGCCACAACCAUCAGUUUGCAGAAAUCCCUGAAGGAAAGGAGUACAAUCACGGCCAUGGAUGUUAUGAGGCAGGUUUGCCAGGAGAGCAGAAGAUGGUGCAGGGUUCUCUUGCUGACAGUGAUAUUGCACAGUUAGGAAUGGAACAAACCGCCACUGGAGCUUUGGAGCAGCAAGGGCUGAACAAGGUGAAGGAGGAUGAGAAAAAGCUGCAAAACAUGGUGGAAGGUUAUGGCCAUGAGGAUGUUUUGGGAGGCCAGGAGCGACAUCAUCAUAACAGUGCAAGCACCGAGGUGUUGAAGGUAGAUGAACAUAAUGAGAACAUGGGGCAUGCGGAAAAAAACUCUGAAAGGAAGGAGGAUGAGCAUAGCCAUGGACAUUGUGUGGCAGGUUUGCGAGGAGAGGAAUAUAUGGUGCAGGGGACUCCUGCCGACAAUGCUAUUGCAGAGUUACGAAGGGAGCACGUCUCCACCAAAGCUUUUGAGCAGCAAGGGCUGAACAAGGGGAAGGAGGAUGGGAAAAAGCUGCAGAACAUGGUGGAAGGUCACGACCAUGAGGACGUUUCGGAAGGCCAGGAGCAGCAUCACCAUAAUGGUGUAAGCACUAAGGUGUUGAAGGUAGAUAAAGAUAACGAGAACAUUGGGCAUGUGGGCAUCUCUGAGGGGAAGGAGGAUGACCAUUGCCAGGGACAUUGUGUGGCAGCUUUGCAAGGAGAGGAGAAGAUGGCUCGCUGGAUUCUUGCCGGGAAUACUAUUGCACAGGUUGAAAAUAAACAAACCUCUAGGGAAGCUGUCUAUCAGCAAGAGCUGAACAAGGGGGACAAGAACAAGCAGCAAAACGUGAUGGAAGGUUGUGGUCGUGAGGGCAUUUUGGAAUUCAAGGAGAAGCUUCACCAGAAGUGUGGAAAUAUUGAGGUCCUGAAGAUAGAUGACGAUAACCAGAACCAUGUGCAUGCGCAACUCUCUGAAGGAAAGGAGGAUGACCAUAGCCAUGGACAUCAUGAGGCAGCUUUGCAAGGGGAGGAGACGAUUGCAGGCAAUGCUUUUGCACAGUUAGAAAUGGAAGGAACCUGCAGGAAAGCUGUGGAUCAGCAGGGACCGGACAAGGGGGAGGAGGAGGAGGAACAGCUACAAAACAUAAUGGAAUGUCAUGACCAUGAGGACGGUUUGGAAGGCAAGGAGGAGCAUCACGAUAACCAUGUGAGUACCGAGGUCUUCAAGAUAAAUAAAGAUAACCAGGGUAAUGAGUAUGCGGAAAUCUCUGAACAAAAGGAGGAUGAUCAUAACUAUGGACAUCAUGAGGCAGGUUUGCAAGGAGAGGAGGCUGGUCAUAGUCAUACUGCCAUCGAGGUCCUCGAGGGAGAAGGAGAUGCUGAACAUGACGUUUCAGAAGAUGAAAAGGUAAGAAGAUUAGUCAUGAUAAAGCUGGUAAGCCUGGAAAACAUUGCUUUUCUUUGUUGACUUGCAUGGGUAAGUUGUAUCUUGAGCCAUUUGAAA